AAGGCGCUAGCACUCGGUGGGCAGUGUGCAUGUGGCGCGUGUUUCUGCCAUCUGCAACCCUUUUCUGGCGCACUGGUUUGUUCACCCCCACAAGGACGUCGAAACCGCCAUUCCUCGCCCUACACAACUCUCCGGGACGGCAGAGGCACAGAGAGAAGGCAAAAGCGUCGGAGAGGCAGAGCCCGGCAGCGCCCUGGGACUCCCACCUGCGGUCACUGGGCGCGGGUGUUCCGGCCCCGCCUCCGCCCGGCCCGGAGCUCGGCCAUCCCGGCGCGCCCCCUGCGCUCUGCGGGUUUCCGGGCUAAGGUCUGGAGGCUCGCCAUGGCGCUGCGAGGCCCGGUUUUCUUUGUUCGGGGCUUCGCUCCUCCGCGGUUUUUCAGUUAUGGAACGAAAAUAUUAUAUCAAAACAUUGAAGCUUUUCAGUCCAAAUUCUUUCCACCCCUUCAAAACGCGAUGCUACCACCUAAUAGUUUUCAAGGAAAAGUGGUGUUCAUUACCGGGGGAGGUACUGGCCUUGGUAAAGGAAUGACAACUCUUCUGUCCCGCCUAGGGGCUCACUGUGUGAUAGCCAGCCGAAAGAUUGAUGUUUUGAAAGCUACUGCAGAUCAGAUUUCUUCUCAAACUGGAAAUAAGGUUCAUGCAAUUCAGUGUGAUGUGAGGGAUCCUGAGAUGGUGCAAAACACUGUGUCGGAACUGAUCAAAGUCGUGGGACAUCCUGAUAUUGUGAUAAACAAUGCAGCAGGGAAUUUUAUUUCUCCCACUGAAAGACUCUCUCCUAAUGCUUGGAAGACCAUAAUCGACAUAGUUCUAAAUGGUACAGCCUUUGUGACACUAGAAAUUGGAAAACAACUAAUUAAAGCACAGAAAGGAGCAGCAUUUCUUGCUAUUACAACUAUCUAUGCUGAGACUGGGUCAGGUUUUGUAGUACCAAGUGCUUCUGCCAAAGCAGGAGUGGAAGCUAUGCACAAGUCUCUUGCAGCUGAAUGGAGUAAAUAUGGAAUGCGAUUCAACGUGAUUCAACCGGGGCCUAUAAAAACCAAAGGUGCCUUUAGCCGUCUUGACCCAACUGGAGCAUUUGAGAAAGACAUGAUCAACAGAAUUCCCUGUGGUCGGCUAGGAACUGUGGAAGAACUUGCAAAUCUUGCUGCUUUCCUUUGUAGUGAUUAUGCUUCUUGGAUUAAUGGAGCAGUCAUUAGAUUUGAUGGUGGAGAGGAAGUACUUAUUUCAGGGGAAUUCAACAGUCUGAGUAAGGUCACCAAGGAGCAGUGGGAGACAAUAGAAGGACUCAUCAGAAAGACUAAAGGUUCCUAAGACCACUCUGGCCUCUGUCUUGGUUACAGAAAAAGUCAAGGAAUAGAAAUGAUACAAACUGUCUGUAAUCUUUCAAGUAUUUUCAAGUCUAAUAAAUUGUUAAGUAACCAGCAGUCAUCGAGUGGGUGUGGUGUGCCAGGCCAGUGGUGGGUGGACAUGGUGUAUUCAAGGAUAAAUAAGAUGAGAUAUUGUCCCUUCAAAAAAUUAAAAAAAAAUAAGAGCGAGUGAGGCUUUGAGAGAGGUAAAAAGUGCUUGAAAGUGCAGAGAAAGGAACAGAUAUUUUUAACCUGGAAAAAUCAGGAGAAACUUAAUGGUGAAAGUAGCGUUUGACUUACAUAUUAAACCAUGCCCAUGGUGAUGGGGCCUAUAAGAAAGUAAAGGGUCUACAGUAAAGUUAAUGGACUCUGUCUUCCUACUGUUUUUCCUUUUCAUUGGACUUGUGAAUUAUCUUCUUUAGAUAGCUCAAUAUUAAUUCAAACAAAUUUUAUGAGGACUUGUUUUGUAGCCAGGCUUUUUACUUGGUACUGAGGAUAAAACAGCAAUAAUCUACAGCCUUGGCCCUCUUGAAACUCAUUAUCUAGCAGGAUAGACAGACCUAUAAAUAAUUAUUUAUGAUGCAUCAUGAUAAAUAUGAUUCCAGCAGUGUUAAAGUGUGGAGGUGGAAGUAAUCCAUUCUGUCUUCAGAGUUUAGAUGAAUUGACACCUAGGAGAUAGCAUUCCAUCUUAACUCUAAAAGAAAAAGAGAUUUCUCUGGGUAGGGAAGAUAAAUAAAGCUUAUAAAAUA